AUGCAGAAGACUCUACCCCACUUACCUCAAGCUCUCAAUGACAGGUGUUCCUGUGCCCCUUACCUGCAAGUGCCCAUCACCUUGAGGUAUAUGGCCACUGGCAUUCACCAGCUGACAGUUCCAGAUUGCCACAGCGUUCCACAAAGUCAUAUAAGCAGAUGUAGCAGCCGUGUGACACGAGUCGUUGCCAGGAUGAGCCGUGACACCAUAAAGAUGCCUGGGGCAAAUGAAACACUCAGACAGCCGCCUGUGUGUAGGAAUGGAGGAUGGAAUCCAUCGAGGUCCACCAGCAAUCCUCAAUCCCAUCAAGAGCAACGCUGCAACAGUUCACACACUGCCACCAGAAAUUGCAUCGAACGGGCUUUCGGUGUCCUCAAGAGAUUUUGUUGUUUGGGCAAGAAAACGCAAACAAGUCUGGAAAACACAAAGGUUACUCUCGCCGCCGCAGCCAAGCUCCACAACCUCGCUGUCAGACAGAGGAAGCCACUGCCCGAUGAUGCGCCAUUCCAGCCAGAAGCAGGAGCCCCUGACGACCCAAAUCCUCUCCCUGAUAACCAUGCCGGUGCCCCUUAAUGCACAGGGCGGUGUAGGACGUCGCCAGGUUAUCCAAAAUUACUCUUGAGCCUUGUAUUUCUCAUGUAUUGUAUGGAGGUACAAAAAAUA